UUGCGUCAAAUUGAAUAUUGAAAUUGGAAUCAGUUAUCGAAGACAGUCCUAAGUAAUAUCGAAAAAAUGAAUGAAAAGGAAGACAAUGAUUUUCAAACAUCCACAGUUUUAGAUGAAGGAUCAGAUGAGUCGGAUCAUGAAAGCAAAAAAGUCUUAAGUUUUUAUAAGCUUUACCGCUUCUCAACACUAUUUGAAAAUUUUUUAUUAUUUAUUGGCUUUGUAAUGUCCAUAGUAAAAGCACUUACAUUGCCAGCAGUGGUGAUAGUUUAUAGUGAAUUCACGGCAAUGCUAGUAGAUCGAUCAUUGCAAAUUGGCACCAGUUCCAAAACCUAUGCGUUACCCAUAUUCGGUGGUGGUAAAAUGCUUACAAAUGCAACCAAAGAAGAGAAUAUGUCGGAGUUGUAUAAUGACUCAAUAUCGUAUGGAAUUCUUUUGGCAUUAGCAUCAAUAAUUAUGUUCAUAUCAGGCGUUUUAUCGGUUGAUAUUUUUAAUAUUGUGGCAUUGAGGCAAAUUACACGCAUGCGUAAAAUACUAUUUGAAACAGUUAUACGACAGGAUAUUGAAUGGCAUGAUAUGGCCACCAAGCAAAACUUUACGCAACAAAUAAUAGAUGAUGUGGAGAAAGUAAGAGACGGGAUAUCUGAAAAAGUAGCUCACUUUUUAUACCUCAUAUUUGGAUUCAUCAUAACAGUUUGCAUAUCAUUUGCUUAUGGCUGGAAGCUCACUUUGGCAGUUAGUGCAUAUAUACCAAUCGUAAUUGUUUUGAACUACUUUGUGGGCAAGUAUCAAAGUAAGCUGACAAAAAGAGAGCAGGAGUCAUACGCGGGAGCUGGUAACAUUGUUGAGGAAGUUCUUACUUCGAUUCGGACUGUUGUUGCAUUUGGAGCAGAAAGGAAAGAGUCGGAACGUUAUGAUAACUAUCUUGUCCCUGCACGAAAAGCAAGUCAAAGGAAGGGUGCAUUCUCGGGUUUCAGUGAAGGAGUUUUAAAGUCAAUGCUUUUUCUCUCUUGUGCUGGAGCAUUUUGGUAUGGUGUUAACUUAAUUAUAGACAAUAGAAAUGUAGAAGAUAAGGAAUACACUCCCGCUAUUUUAAUGAUAGCAUUUUUUGGAAUUAUCGUUGGAGCCGACAAUAUCGCACGCACUGCACCAUUUUUGGAAUCCUUUUCUAUAGCCCGUGGUUCUGCAACUAAUAUUUUCAAAGUGAUCGAUACCAAAUCAAAAAUUGAUCCCUUAUCCAGUGACGGAAAAUUAAUCAACUACGGACUGCGAGGAGAAAUUGAAUUUAAAGAUGUAUUCUUUCGCUAUCCUUCGCGACCAGAUGUGAUUAUUCAUCGAGGCAUCAAUUUAAAAGUAAAUAAAGGCCAGACUGUUGCCCUUGUUGGCUCAUCUGGUUGUGGAAAAUCAACUUGCAUUCAACUGUUGCAACGCUUCUAUGAUCCAAUUUUUGGCUCAAUAACAUUAGAUGGGUUGGAUAUAAGAAAAUACAACAUUCAUUGGUUGAGAUCCAACAUUGCUGUGGUAGGCCAAGAACCAGUAUUAUUUCAAGGAACCAUUGCUGACAAUAUUAGUUAUGGAAAAACAAAUGCAACACAACGAGAAAUAGAAGCUGCUGCCAAGACAACUGGUGUGCAUGAUUUUAUAUGCAGUUUGCCCGAGAGUUACCUCACUGUUAUAGGCGAAAAAGGAUCUCAACUGUCUGGUGGCCAAAAACAACGCAUUGCUAUUGCCCGUGCUCUUAUCCAGGAUCCUAAAAUUUUACUGCUAGACGAAGCAACAUCUGCUUUAGAUUAUCAUUCCGAAAAGGAUAUUCAAAAAGCACUGGAUUUAGUUAGUAAAGGCCGUACGACAAUUGUGGUUUCUCAUCGGUUAUCAGCAAUUCGAGGAGCAGAUAAAAUAGUUUUCUUACAUGAAGGUAAAGUUUUCGAAGAGGGAUCACACGACGAUCUCAUGACAUUAAAAGGAAUGUAUUACAAUAUGGUACGCGCAGGGGAUAUCAAUAUAGCUGAUGCUACUGAAGAAACUACUGCUGAAGAUAAAAAAAUCAAUCUAAACUCUAUUGACAAGUCUUUCGAAACAGAUUUAAUUAAUAUGGAAAAGAAUCACAUUUCAAAUGAGCAACCAAUAGUACAUACGAAGAGCAAAGAAAAUGCACCGAAAGAAGAAGCCUCUGGAGGAAAUUUUUUCAUAACAUUUAAACGCAUAUUAAAAUUAGCCCGCCCUGAAUGGUGUAUGCUAUUAUUUGGCGCGGUAUGCGCAAUAGCGUUUGGUUUUACCUAUCCUGCAUUUUCAGUAAUCUUUGGAGAAUUUUACGCCGCUUUGGCACAACCAGAUGAAGAAGUUGCGCUUCAUCGCACUUCACUCCUAUCAAUCUAUUGCUUAAUAUUGGGCGUAUUAACUGGAAUCGGUUCUUUUCUGCAAACGUAUUUAUUUAACUAUGCGGGCGUAUGGUUAACUACACGAAUACGCUCAAUGACAUUUACAGCUAUAAUGCGUCAGGAGAUUGGCUGGUUUGAUGAAGAAGGCAACUCAGUUGGUGCACUCUCAGCAAGAUUAACUGGAGAUGCUUCUGGUGUACAGGGAGCCAUUGGCUAUCCAUUGAGCGGCUUACUGCAAGCGUUUUCCAAUUUCGUUAUUGCAUUGACGUUAUCGCUUUAUUUUUCAUGGAAGCUGGCUCUGGUGUGUAUGUGCGCUUGUCCAAUCAUAGUGGGAUCCAUCAUAUUUGAAUCAAAAUUUAUGAGCACUUCUCUGCUUCAUGAAAAAGCAGUAUUGGAAGAAGCUUGCCGCAUUGCAAACGAGGCCAUCUCAAACAUUAGAACAAUUGCUGCUUUACGGCGCGAAGCCCAAACUAUCGAAAUAUAUAAUUCUGAAAUAGACAAGGUUCAGUCAUUGAUCCGAAAAAAACUAAAAUAUCGUGGAUUGAUAAAUGCAUCAGGGCAAGCAUUUAUAUUUUUUGCAUAUGCAGUAGGUCUGUGUUAUGGAGGGGUACUUGUGUCUGAAGGAAAGGUUCCAUUUCAGGAUAUUAUCAAAGUAUCGGAAACGCUUUUAUAUGGCUCCAUGAUGUUGGCACAAUCCUUAGCGUUUGCACCAGCUUUCACUGCAGCUUUGGUGGCGGCCCAUCGAGUAUUCCAAAUAUUAGACAGAUCGCCAAAAGUUUCUUCUUCGUGUAGGCGAGAGGACAAUGCUACAGAAAAAAGACUUGCGCUGUUUGAGGGUGUUCGGUUUUCUAAUAUAGAAUUUAGAUACCCAACACGUUCGGAUGUAAAAGUUCUAAAUGGGUUAAAUUUGGAAGUGCUCAAAGGAAAAACUGUAGCUUUGGUUGGUCGUUCCGGUUGUGGAAAAUCAACGUGCAUACAACUAUUAAUGCGUUUGUAUGAUCCCGACAGUGGCACCAUUAAACUAAACGAGGACGAUAUUCAUAAAGACAUCUCCAUUGAAAGUUUGAGAAGAAAACUGGGACUCGUCUCCCAGGAACCGUCUUUAUUUGAGCGCACAAUUGCCGAAAAUAUUGCUUAUGGUGAUAAUUCGCGUAGAGUGACCAUAGAAGAAAUAAUAGCAGCUGCGAAAUGCGCAAACGCACAUUCCUUUAUAAUAACUUUGCCAAAUGGGUACGACACACGUUUAGGCGCACGUGGAACUCAGAUAUCUGGUGGUCAGAAGCAACGUAUAGCUAUUGCUCGAGCUUUAGUACGCAACCCCAAAAUAUUACUAUUAGACGAAGCAACGUCCGCUUUAGAUUUGCAAAGCGAGCAAUUAGUGCAGCAGGCUCUUGAUGUGGCGUGUACUGGACGAACUUGCAUAGUGAUAGCACAUCGUUUGUCAACUGUUCAAAAUGCUGAUGUAAUUUGUGUUCUGAAAAAUGGUAAAAUAGUGGAAAUUGGAAACCAUCAGCAACUUGUUGCGCUCAAUGGAAUAUAUGCAAAACUUCACAAAAUGCAAAGUCAUGAGAAAUAAGUCUUUAAAAUUUAAAUAAAUAAUGUAUGAAUUUCAUAUGUGUAUGUAUAUAUGUUCUGCUUGAGCAGGUGAAAAUUUAAUCUAGAUUUAAUCAGUGUAUUUGCAAAUGGUUGCGCAUGCAUUAGUUAGACAUCGAUUAAGUUAGACAUUGUAAAAUUACGUUAUUAACUAAUAUAAUUUUCUUUUCUCGUAAAAAUGUGUAAUUUUUUAAACAAUGCACUAGGACUGUAAAAUUUUCGUGUUUUUUUCUCAGCAUAUGCAUAAGGUUCCAUGUUGUUUGCUCUCUAACUGGACUAAAGUGCAAAAAUCCCAUUUAAAAAGGCGAGGGUGACUGUUGUCAGCUGAUUUUAAUUUGUUUGUGUAUAUAUGUAGGUUCGUAAAAAAAGGGUCAACGAAACUUUAAUUGUUACAAAACAAACAAAAAAAUGGAAGCAAAUUGUUCAAUUUUAUAAUAUUCAAAAUAUAAUUUGUGGAAGGAUUUAGUUUUAUUUUACUUCUUCUUUUCUCAUAUGAAACGUCCAACAUUUGCCCAUAGCGUUUGACAAACUUUUGUAAUGUUGCAGUAUAAUGGGUUACUUUUUUCCGAGAAAAGAAAACUAUAACAUUUCAGAGCAACUUUUGUUGAAGUAACUCGUAACUUGUGAAAGAGAGGUAGGCGUGGAAAUUCGCUACGUGUAGCAACAAAAGUUUCCCUGCAUAAACACAGUAUUUGAUUACUAAAUAUCGCAAAUAAAAAAAUGAAAUGCAGACAAAAAACAAAAACUAAGCCAUGAAAACACGAAUCGUUCUUAACUCCCGUCUACAUAUAGCAUAACCUUCGCUGUCGCUUCGCUUUGAUGCAACGCGAGACCCUUAUAAAGGAGACUACAAUAAACGCUUUGACAGCGAAAGCUUUAAGCUGAAAAAUUGGUAAAUUAGUUAGUAAAAUGUAUUAUUUACAACAAUAACCGCAUUGCUUAAAUGUAUACUUAUUUAAAUUUAACUUGGGUUCAAAAUUUUUGGGAUAAAUUUAAUUUGUUUACAUCUGAUGAUUGUCACCGCACGCGCCCAAGAGCCGUAGCAUCAGUACAGAAAGUAAACAAACGAAAAUAAGCGAAGGGGGAAGCCAAGAACGAUAUAAUAAAUCAACCAAAUAUACAUUUGUAAGUGCAUAUAUUUGUCCACAAAAGUUUGAUGAUUUUCUUUACUGACGUCACAAGAAGAAGUAGUAGCUUUCGGAAGGCGCCAGCUUCUGUAUUCUCGUGGCAUUACCACGAUGCGUGGGUAACUAACAUAUUACUAUGAUAUUUAUGUAAAUACUCGUGAAGGGUUCUAGAAUGUACGGAUGUGAUAACUCUUUAACUGUUUACAUCUGAUUUAUUUUAUUCUUCUUCAUUUUUUCUGUAUAAGACAGUGCAAAAUUUAUAUGCUAUAAAUUUAUUACAGCCAAAAUUCAACCCGUUACUUUUACUCAUUGCCAACAAAUAAAUCUUGUUUUAUGACAAAAAGCAUUGCAUAUAAGAUACAUUUUUGGUAUUAUAUGUAGCUCCCACAUAGUUUGUUAUUUCAGAUUAACUUAUGUAUGCGA